CAUAGACAUACUCAUAUAGAGAAAGAGAGAGAAUCAAGAGAUCAAAAAUGUCUAGUGCUACUCCUCCUAAGUACGAUGUGUUUCUAAGUUUUAGAGGGAUCGACACUCGCGCCAACUUCGUAAGCUUUCUCUACAAAGAACUGGAACGAAGGGGCAUUCGAACUUUCAAAGACGACAAGGAGCUCCAGGAUGGCCAGAGGAUUUCUCCGGAGCUCCAACGCGCCAUCGAGGAGUCGAGAUUCGCCAUCGUUGUGGUCUCCGCCCACUACGCUGCGUCUCCUUGGUGUCUCGACGAGCUCGUCAAGAUUAUGGAUUACGUGAAUAACGGUUCCAUCACCGUGAUGCCCAUCUUCUACGGCGUGGAUCCGUUUCAUGUCAGGAGGCAGAUCGGAGACGCCGUUGAACAAUUCAAGAAGCACGAGGCUAGAGAAAAAGAUCCCGAGAAAGUGCUUUCAUGGAGGAAAGCAUUGGAGGGUUUGGCUAAUAUCUCCGGCCAGUGUUCAUCGAAAUGGAACAAUGACUCGAAGCUGGUGGACGCAACUGUUGACACGAUAUCAGAAAAGCUGAUGAUAUUUACAAGAUUAAGCAAUGGGGGGAAGAUAGUGGGGAUUGAGAGACACAUGAAGAAACUUAACCGGUUAGUGGAUUUGAAUUCUAAGAAACCUGUGAGAGUGAUUGGGAUUUGGGCAAGUGGAGGAAACGGUAGAUCGGCUCUAGCUAAACAUGUUUACCAGACAUGGCGUCAACACUUUGAAACCCACUGUUACUUGGGAAACGUGAAAAGGGUUUUCAAGGAUCGCCACUUAGCGCAUCUACACGACGAGUUUCUGGAAAAUACUGAAGGAGCGUACUUGACGAGCAAACGAAGUUUCAACAGACAAAAGGUUCUGUUAGUAGCAGACGACGUCGAUAAGGUUGAACAGUUAGAUGCUCUAGCAGAGGAUUUCACCGGUUUUGGUCGGGGGAGUCUUGUUGUCAUCACUACACAAGACAGGCAGCUGUUAAUUUCUUAUGGUAUAAAGGUUGUCUACGAAGUAGAGGAUUUGAGAUGCGAGAAACUUUGUGACCUCUUGCGAAGAACAUUCGCCUUUAAAAAGAGAGACAUCGUUGCUGCAAUUGAGUCGGCUUCGCGAGCAAAGGAUUUUGUCACGGACUGUUUUGGUUGUCUAAGUAGUAGAUGUGCUGGUUAUGAGAAACUGUGAGAAUCAAUUUAACUAAGUUAUUUAUCCGCUAGCUGCUACCUAUUGGACCUUACUGCUACUACUAAGCCACAGGUUAACUCUUCACGAUUAGAGAGACCGGCUCUUUUCCUAUCCGGCAAGAGGAUUCAUCGCUCUCCCUUCCUCUUUGAAUUUUAUUUUUGGUUGUAACGUUUUUAUUUUGGUUGUCUGUCUAGUAAAAGUUCCAUGGUGUUCUUUUUUUUUGGGUCUUUUCCUUUUGGGUUUAAGUUUGUUUAUGGGUUAAUUUUUAUUUUUUUGGACAAUGAGUUUAUGGCCCGUGCGUUGCCGCACAUAAAUAAAAGUGAAAACUUGAUUAA